AUGAUCGCCUGCCAAGUGACCAACUGUGCCGAGAUCGACGCUGGGGAUAAAUCUCUUUAUCAAUAUGGGAAAGUUAGACAGUUUUUCCAAAUAUUAUCCCUGAUUUUACCGAUUUUUUUGGACUUAGACGCGCCUAGUUUGGUUGCCCAUUUUCCAGAAAACCUCUUCAACUUUAAAAAUUCAAUUUCAGUGUCGUGCCUUGUGACAACAGUGGUGAUGCUGGGUCUUGUCGCAAUCAUCGUCAUUGACGGCUUUUUUGUGCAUACAGUCUAUCGAACAUUCCACUUCUUCGCUUAUCAGGAAGAUAAGGCCAAGGAGAACAGAAAUAACCAAACGUUGUCAACAUCUUUAUGA